GGGAAAUUGAAUAAAUGGCAUGAGUUGGUAUAGAGUCAGAAAUUGAGAGGCAGCUCGCGAGCGGCGGAAGCGGAGGCUAAUUGUAACAUUGAAGACGGCGGCGAUGACUCUCGCUCAAUUCUCCAUGGUUGAAGAGUUGGCUUCUCUUGUUAAAGACAAUUAUCCUUGCAAGCAUCUAAUUUUGUCAGUGGAAGAUCUGUUAGUCAAUUAUCUUCAGGAUGAUACAAGUUUAGAUGGAGUGCUCGAGCUGGAACCUAUGAAUUCAUAUAACCGCUUGCUUGUACACCGUCUUGCAGAAAUAUUUGGAUUUUUUCAUCACUCUGUUGGAGAAGGAGAAGACAGGCACUUAGUGUUGGAGAGAAGCCCAGAGACAUCAAUUCCAGGCAUCCUUGUGAGUGAUUUGUUGUUGCAGUAUGGUGAGAUGCAGACACCAAUGUCUUAUGAUGUAUUGAGGCGAAAGGAAGUUUUGCCAGGCCAGAAGGUUGAUCCUGUGUGCGGACCUUCUCUGGAUGAGAGAGAAACAGCUUAUUUUGCUGCAAGACAGAGAAUAUUUUCAGAAGAUGCAUGUGAUAGUAACCUGAUAAAGGAGAGACCAAAAAAAGAUCUUGUGGUUGCUCGCCGUAUGAUAACUCGUGCCCUUGGCCAAGCAGACAAGGGUACAAAGCAUGAGCUCACUAAGGAAUGUGAAGAACUGGUGGUAGAGGAUGUGAAGAUCAAGCACACUGAUAAGAGCAACAUCAUGUCUAGCAACAACAUAAAAACAAAUCCCCUCUCUGGGAAACACCCAAGGGCAUGUACGAUCUCAAAAAUAGACAAAUCCGGUGAAUUUAAGGUGAUGGAUGGUUCAAGCAAAGAACCCCAGCAAAAGAACAACUUAAAAGGCGGGGACUCCUUGGAAGAGCUGAAGAGUAACUCACCAGACAACCAUUUAAGACAGGAGCAUAUGGGAGCUGCAAAGAGGUUGUUUGCUAAUGCCUUAAGAAUGCAACGAAGGGAUGUCAAUCUGUCAAACAAGGAAACUGGUUGCUGACCUCAGUAGUAUGAAGCACUAGAAAAUUAGUUGCAGGAAGAUUUGACAGGCCAUUUGAUGGCAAACCGGCUUGAGGGCAGCUUCAAGAUCCUUGGUCAUGGAAAAAGCAACGCAACCGUCAAAAGAAAACUGGUUGUUUGGUGGUAUUGUAUCACAGACUACGUUACUGCAUGUUUAAGAGUUACUAUUUGGGUAGGUUUCUUCUAUCUUAACUGAUGGAAUCAGGCAUGGGACUUUGUUGUACAGAAUAACAUGGAAUUGCUCUUAAUAUUGUUUUUCCUGAA